ACUCUACCUCAAUGUCGGCUGCCAUUUUUUAAGUGUGGCUCUGUCAGAUCGGGUCCAGGAGGACACAAAAUGAAGCAAAGGUCAACCAAAACGCAUUAUUUGAUGUAAUGUCGUCAAUGGGGGAGUCUAGAGCAAAUGUGAGCGGUGGUUUGUCCACGUUGGAAGAUGUACUCCACAACUUUGAAGGACAUCCUACGUGAUCCACAGAGAAGCUUUGUGUGAGUUGAGUGAAGGAGGAAAAAAGGGGGCGCAGCAUCCUGGCUGCCUGGUUGGCAGACACGCACACUGAGUAUUAAACAAGCGUGUAACUUGUGUGCAAUAAAACGAUUGUAAUGGACAUAUCGGGUGGAAUUAAUUCAGCGAGCGUGACCGGACUCCAGUGAAUAGAGCAGGGGUUCCAGAUGCCUGACGAAGACUAGGACUCCAUGUUGGAGUGCCGUGCAAAUGAUUUGAACACAGUUUGUCGCCCUGCAGUUGCUCUGGUCGCUGUAGGCGGGCUGUUUUAUAGAAUUUGACUUUGUGGAGAGGGUUUUGCCAUCCUAAAACUGAAGAGCACACAACAUGACUGUGGCCAAUGCAAAGUCAGGCUCAGCCAUGCAGCAGGUUCUGGACAACCUGAAAGACCUGCCCACUGGCUCGCUUGCCAAAGACAUCGACCUCAUCUUCCUCCGUGGCAUCAUGGAGAGCCGCAUCGUCCGCUCCCUCGCAAAGGCUCACGAGCGGCUGGAGGAGGUCAAGUUGGAAGCGGUGCGAGAUGACAACGUUCAGCUGAUCUCCGAGAUCCUGGACUCUCUCAACAAGCUGACUGAAAAAGACGCUGCCACUGUGGAGCUCACCCACAUCCUCCAGGAGCCUCAUUUUAAGUCUUUGAUAGAGGCUCAUGACCAAGUGGCUGCAAAGUGCUAUGAGAUGCCAAGCGUUGCACCGCUGCAAAACGGCACCGACGCCUUGGCGAGUUGUCUCAUGCCCGCCGACGCCAUCAGGAUGAUUGGCAUCCAGAAGAAAGCCGGAGAACCGCUGGGGGUGACCUUCCGCGCGGAGCAAGGAGAAAUGGUCAUCGCGCGGAUCCUGCACGGCAGCUCCAUUGACCGGCAGGGCAUGCUGCACGCAGGCGACGUCAUCCGGGAGGUGAACGGCCACCAGGUGGGCGGCGACCCGCACCAGCUGCAGGAGCUGCUCAGGGACUGCAGUGGCAGCGUCACGCUGAAGGUGCUGCCCAGCUACAAAGACUCACCGGCCCUUCCACAGGUUUACCUGAAGCCCCAUUUCAACUACAACCCGGCCUCAGACAACCUGAUUCCCUGUAAAGAGGCGGGCCUUGCCUUCUCGAAGGGAGACAUCCUUCACGUUGUCAACAAGGAGGAUCCCAACUGGUGGCAGGCACGCAGUGUUGUGGGCGGAGCAACCGGCCUCAUCCCCAGCCAGUUCUUGGAGGAGAAGCGGAAAGCGUUUGUGAGGAAAGACUGGGAUCUGUCGGGUAAAGGGAUGCUCUGUGGGAAUCUCGCAGUCAAAAAGAAGAAGAAAAAAAUGAUGUACCUCACUGCAAAGAAUGCAGAAUUUGACCGCUACGAGCUGCAGAUCUAUGAGGAGGUGGCCAAGAUGCCGCCCUUCCAGAGGAAAACCCUGGUUCUGAUUGGUGCCCAGGGUGUUGGGAGGCGGAGCCUGAAAAACAGGCUCAUCGUCAUGAAUCCUCUCCGAUAUGGAACCACUGUGCCCUUCACUUCGCGCAGCCCCAGAGAAGAAGAGCGAGACGGGCAGAACUACUCGUUUGUGACGCGGCAUCAGAUGGAGCGGGACAUCAAGGACAGCCGCUUCCUGGAGCACGGCGAAUACGACGGCAACCUCUAUGGUACCAAAAUCAACUCCAUCCACGAGGUGACGGAGGGGGGUGGAGGCUCGUUUUCUGAUGUUUGUUGAAAUUGUGUUCAGGCUUUGAAAGUGCUGAAGACUGCCGAGUUCAUGCCCUUUGUAGUCUUCAUUGCCGCUCCUGAGCUGGACACUUUGAGAAAUAUGCACAAAGCUGUCGUGGAUGCCGGACUUACAACCAAACUACUUACCGAGAACGAUUUGAAGAGAACGGUGGAGGAGAGCGCCAGGAUCCGACGCGCCUACAGCCACUUCUUCGACUUGACCAUUUACAACGACAACUUGGACAAGGCCUUCGACCAACUGCAGGAGGCAGUAGAGAGACUAUUCGUGGAGCCGCAGUGGGUCCCGGUCAGCUGGGUCUACUGAUGCUGCCUCCCACCUUCGAUCCGACUGGACAUUGGGCUAUCCUGAGCUGCUACGCCUGCCAUGUGAACGGAGACACUGCACUGCACACUAUGCAAGUCACAGCACACAGGAAGUGUACUUAUUUAUUGGCAAACUCGUUUAAUAUACUCAUCGAAUGGAUUGGGAGUCAUAUUGUGUCAGGAUGUUUUGAAUAACAAAAAAUAAUUACGUUUCCAUGUCCCAUUAUUUAAUGUCACACUUGUCAGUUGUCUAUUUAUUCUGCUAAGAUAAUAGAGGGCUUGCUGAUUGAUACCUCACCUCAGUGUUUGCGUUUACACUUUUGUCAUCUCAUUUUGCCACUAUUUGUACUGUCGUUCUUCUCGUAAUCACCACCCUGCUCCCCCCCCCCACCCCCCACCCCUCCCAUUUCUGGUUCAGAUGAAAUUCAUUUAAAUUGAAGGCUUGCUGUGCCCAUCAACUAUUUCCCUUAUGAAGCCGGGCACAAAUCCCAUGUGAACGUUGACGUUGCUUUCUCUCAUUCAAUGUGGUGCUGCAUUUGACUUACAAAAAUAGCCCUUUGAGUUAAUCAGGGCCUUGUGUCUCAGUAAACCGUCCCUUUUGAUGUGAUCACAGUUUAACUGUUCAAAAAAUAUUGACUGACUU